CGGGGACCAAGCCCGGGACGCCCGGGACUCCCGUUGCCGGGGAGCGGCCGCCGGGCCCGCAGGGCCGGGGAGCGGGCGGCGCAGAGAGGUUGCUGUGCGGGACGGCAGGACUUCAGGGUUCCCAGCCAUGCAGCAACGGGCCCUGCCCCUGCCGGCCAGCCCCAGGGCCGAAGGGGAGCCUCUGAGCCUUCUCUCCUCUGUGGCUGCCGGCCGACGUCUGACCCAGCAUCCCUGACCCUGGGCUUCGCUGGCAGCCCCGAGUAGGAGCUGUCUCCUUGGUGGGGGGGGUUGCUGGGCUGCCAGCGCCUGGGAGAGCUGGCCCCCGGACUAUGCCAUCCAAGUUAGCGGGCCUGGGCCAUUCAGAGGCAUCUCCCCCGCAGCCCGGUUUUCAGGUCCAUCCGCAGCCUGGAGACAGAAUGCUCAAGGGACAGCUUCCAAACGCGGGCAAACACCUUCCAGCCCGCCCCAGGUCCCCGCCUGCCAACAAGGCUCAGGGCCCUGAGAAGAGCCCAGCGCUCCCUCUGAAACUUCCAGCCCAAAUCAGCAAUGAGGACCCACAAGCUAAGGCAACACCCUUCACCCCAAAGCCACCCACGAGGCCCCGGCUGGAGCGAGCUCUGUCGCUGGACGAGAAGGCAUGGAGGAGGAGGCGUUUUCGAACCAGCCACGAGGACCUGGCUGCACGCGGUGGGGCCAGCCCCUCCAGGGGCUCCUUGCAGGACGAGGUCCCCAGGACCCCCGCCCACACGGACUCCCCACCCUGCCUGAGCACCUCCUUGCAGGAAAUCCCCACGUCCCGCAGGGCCCAGGGCAGCACGGGAGGGAGCCCCUCCUCGUGGGGUCACUGUAUCUCCGGAAUGCUCAGCACUUCCCUAGACCUCCUGCACCGGGACGGGGCCUCGGCCGGGAGCACCGCCAGACUGCCGGCUGUGGACCAGAAGGUGGCCUCCCAUUCCCUAAGGUCAGCAGACAGGGUGGACCCGGGUCAGGCCGACUGCAAGUCCCGCCUGCAGAGCAGACUGUUCCGGGCCCACAGCAGCCUGGGCCCCGGCCGGCCCCCGAGCCCCCUGGCCUGUGAUGCCAAAUCCUCCUUCAGCCUCCUGGCGCCCAUCCGCGCCAAGGACGUCCGGAGCAGGAGCUACCUGGAGGGGAGUCUCCUGGCGAGUGGGGCCCUGAUGGGGGCGGAGGAGCUGGCCCGGUACUUCCCAGACCGCAACAUGGCCCUCUUCGUGGCCACCUGGAACAUGCAGGGCCAGAAGGAGCUGCCCCCCAACCUGGACGAGCUCCUGCUGCCCGCCGAGGCCGACUAUGCGCAGGACCUGUACGUCGUUGGGGUCCAGGAGGGCUGCUCCGACAGGCGGGAGUGGGAGACGCGACUGCAGGAGACGCUGGGCCCCCACUACGUCACACUGUAUUCCGCGGCCCACGGCGCGCUGUACAUGUCCGUGCUCAUCCGCAGGGACCUCAUCUGGUUCUGCUCGGAGGUGGAGAGCUCCACAGUGACCACACGCAUCGUAUCUCACAUCAAGACCAAGGGGGCCCUGGGCGUCAGCUUCACCUUCUUCGGCACCUCCUUCCUCUUCAUCACGUCCCACUUCACCUCCGGAGACGGGAAGGUGAGCGAGAGGCUGCUGGACUACAGCAGAACCGUCCAGGGCCUGGCCCUGCCCAAGAGCGUGCCCGACACCAGCCCCUACCGCUCUGACGCCGCGGAUGUCACCACGCGGUUCGAUGGGGUGUUCUGGUUUGGAGACUUCAACUUUCGUCUGAACGGCGGGCGCGUGGCCGUGGAGGCCAUCCUGAAGCAGGACCUGGGAGAGAAGGUGUCCGCCCUGCUCCAGCAUGACCAGCUCACCCAGGAGAUGAGGAAAGGGUCCAUCUUCAAGGGUUUCCAGGAGCCGGACAUCCACUUCCUGCCAUCAUACAAGUUCGACAUCGGGAAGGACUCCUACGACACCACCUCCAAGCAGAGGACGCCCUCCUACACGGACCGGGUCAUGUACAGAAGCCGCCACAAAGGCGACAUCUGUCCCGUCAAGUACUCCUCCUGCCCCGGCAUCAGGACGUCUGACCACCGCCCCGUGUACGGCCUGUUCCGGGUGAAAGUGAGGCCAGGGAGAGACAACAUCCCGCUAGCUGCCGGCAAGUUCGACCGAGAACUGUACUUAAUAGGAAUUAAAAGACGCAUUUCCAAAGAAAUUCAGAGACAGCAGGCGCUGAAGAAUCAGCACUUGAGUACUAUUUGUACCGUUUCUUGAGGUCUGCCCGAGGACCUCUGUCACCUACACGGGGGGUUACUUGACCGAAAGCCCCUAAAAAGAAGAGGUUGCUGUGUGGGACUUCUCCCCCUUUUUGGGCUUCCGACAGACCACUGCUCGAGGCUGACAUGCUUUCUUACCAAGAACCCCACGGGGAGGCCAGAAGACCGGCCGGGCGGGGCCGAGGCGCCAGUGCCCCCGCCCAGAACGAAACCAGCCACGCUCCUUCCCAGCACGUCCCGUCAGGCCCCACGCCGCCAUGCCACACGCGUGGUCCCUCGAGGCAGGCAUCUGGGUGGGGCGGGGCCGGAGCGGCCUGCGGGGCACACACUCCCAGGUCCUGUCUGCUCCCCCACAGCCGGUGUCGGCAGCCCUCGCGUUGUGGACCUGCAGCCCCCCAGCAGUCCUCGGGUGCUGUUUCAGGGCCACCCCUUGGUCUUGGGGGGCUGGCCGAGCCCUCUUUUCGUUUUGGUGAUUUCAGACCAUUUGCAUACAUACGUACUGCCAGCCUCAAACAGCAUUCAUGUAAGUAGUGCAUUUCCUGGCCCAAAAAAGCAGGGGAGGCUUAGGGUGUCCCCACCACAUUCCAGAUCUCUUCUUUGAGGGCUGAGCCCGUGAUCACCCAUGAUGGCUCCUGCAGACAGUCUCUGAAUGUGGGAAAAUCAAGGGGCACUCAAUCUAGUCUUUUAAAUUAUUUAUUUUUCCAUAUUUAUAUUUUUAAAUAAAUCCCUAUAUUAAAUCUUAAACUCUUUAUGGCCAAAGACUGAGUCCUAGAAAGAGCUCAUCGGUGCACUCGGCUGUUCUGAUGCUCUCAGAACACAAGGAUGCCCCACUCAGUGGCAGGAAGUCCUGUGUACAGUGUGGCUGCCCUGUGCCGUCUGCUGUGCGUCCGGCUGCCACCCUGACUGUGAGGCUGGCUGGAAAGGGGCUUUGAAGGGAGAAGGGAACACCCCAGACCUGAGUGAACCACGAGGAAACGAAGUCACUUCCAAAGACGAGUGUAUCCACUAUCAGCGCCCACUUCCGUAACACGAAGCUAGGCGCACCUGGCCUCUGACANGGGGGGGGGGGGGGGGGUCUGUCCAUGAGAAGGUCCGGUCAACCCCAUCAGACUUCCAGAAACUUGAUUGUCUGUCCGUAUAAAAUUGUGCUCAAAGAA